UAGCACCAUGUUUACAAUGAUCUUCCCCACUUCUCUUGGGUGUCUUUUUCCUGGGCGGGGGUGGGCGCCCCCUGCCAUGCUUUCUCCUGGACCUCCCGCAGGGUGACCAGUGGUUGCCUGGAGCGUGGGGCGAGCUUCCCUUGGGGGCCCUGGCUUGUGCCUGGUGUUGAGGUGGGGGGAUUCCCAGAACUCCUGCUCAUUUGGGGCUGGGUUAGGACUCGCGCUGGGGCCCCCUUUCGCGGUGGGGGCUAUUCUUCUGACUGGACUGGAGCUUGGACUCUCUGAACUCCUAUAUCUCCGUGAUCCCUAAGGACAAGUUAACAAAAACAAAAGAAAAGUAAAUGCUCAGCUUGUACGUAGAGCCCGAGAAGGGACUUAAAAACUUGUGUAGCAACACAGGAAUGUGAGAGUUUUCAACGCAGAAGCCCAAAACAUCCGUUUACAGGCGCUUCAUAAACUUUUUGAAAGUGGUCACUUGCACUUAUGUUGCUGCAGUCAGUGUGAACGUAGCUUUAAUCCUCAGAGGAAAUAUCAAGUACAGAUCGUUUUGGGAUCCAAAAUAUUUGAAUUAUUGCAGAAGAUGCACAACAACCUCUUCAUAAGGAUGUUUUUUGGCUCCAUAGUUCACUCCUUUGGUUCUGAGAUACAUUUUGAGGGUUUUAUCAACCUGAACCAAACAGAAUCAUGUUGUUGUUUUAAAGGAUAUUUAUUUUUAGAGUCAGAAACGACAACAUUUAUAAUAAUUUAAUAUGUUUUUAUGGCUAAAUCAUUCUCAAAUAUCCAAACUGUUUCUUUCUGGGUGCAGAAUGGAUCGUUCUAAAUAGAUGGUUGACCUUAAAUAUAUUUGAGGGAUUACGCUGUCUGUUUACCGUAGAGAUGGAAGUGGCAUUAUAGGGAGGUGUUUAUGACUUCUUCAUCCGAGGCAUGAAGCACUUGAGGAGAUUUGACACACAAACACGCAAAGAUCUUCGUCCAACCGGACGCGUUCUGUCAUCCGUCUGCAGAGAAUCAAUCAGAGCAGCAAGAGCCUUGUUCUGGAUUAAAAUCUGAUCUCGUGGUCUGCUCAUAGGAAGCCUGGAGUAAUUUGUCAUUUGUAAUGGAUAAUAUUCCAUGAAAAGAUUUGUGAAAAGGGGCGGAGCGAUGGAGAAACGUCCCACGGCGAGCAGCAGUGGCGCUCAAUCGAAGACGAAGAUGAUGAAGACUGCCAUGGGUUUCUGUGGAGGUGGAAGAACUGCAGAGGAACCGGCGGCAGAGCGCUCACGUCUCCCAGCUGAGGAGUCCCAACAAGAUUAUGCAGAUUUGACAUAUCUGCUGGGAGGCAAAACACAGCGGCCGCAUAUCAAAAGCUGGGAUUAGUUGCCUUUUCAUUCCCUGUCCUCCGGCCCGGCCUCCACCAUGGGGCUAGAGCGCGGGCGGCGGGCGUCCCUGGCCAUCACCUUCAACUUCGUGGCGCUCACGUUCGCCGUGUCGGCGGUGACCACCAGCUACUGGUGCGAGGGGACCAGGAAGGUGGCCAAGCCCUUCUGCACGGGCCCCCCAGCCAAGGCCAAGCAGUGGUUCUGCAUCCGCUUCAACAGCACCAACAUGAACGACAGCCGGCAGGUGCAGUACAUCUUUGAGACCGGCGAGGAGAAGUUCCUGCUGAAGAAGUUCCACGCCGGGAUCUUCUUCACCUGCGAGCAGGCCUCCGACAUGACAGGCUACGACUGUCGAAGUUUUGCUGAAGUUGCUCCUGAGCAUGAAAAAGGUGUGCUCUGGCUGUGCGUGGUGGCGGAGAGCCUGUACCUCGGCCUGCUCUUCAUCGGAGGCUGCAUGAUGAUCCUGGAACAGUGUCCCUGCUUCAGCGUCAUGAACAAGCUGAAGCUGAGUGCCUUCGCCGCCAUGCUCACCGCCCUGUCAGGCCUCUGUGGGAUGGUGGCCCACAUGAUGUUUACCACAGCAUUUCAUCUGGCCGUUUCUUUGGGUCCGGUAGACUGGAGGCCCAAAACCUGGGACUACAGCUGGUCGUACGCCUUAGCGUGGUGCUCCUUCGGAACCUGCAUGGGCUCUGCGGUGACGGCGCUCAACAGGUACACCAAGACUAUCAUCGAGUUCAAAUACAAGCGGCGGAACAUAGAGAAGAACCUGAUGGUCAAGGAGAAGAUGAUGGAGCUGGAGCUCCCGGAUCAGAUGUGGGACAUGUACUUGACGGCCGUGGCAGAGACGCCGCCUGAACUACUGAUCAACGGCCACAAACCGACCACGGGGGAGCCGUACGAGGACGAGGAGGAGCGAGAAGCCGAACCACACGGAGAGGCGUACUGCUGAAGACCAUCGCCGCUCUGGAUUUAACUUUGGGUUCCAAACUUUUCAGAACUAGAACAUUUUUUUGUUUGAAGUCUGACUCGUACCUGAAGAACUGGAUCUAUAGUCUCUGUUCAAAUCUCUUUGAUUUUGGAGUUCAGAGGAGCGUGUCUUCAGCAUUUCAAAUUUAUGAUGCAAAUGAAGCGACUAAAAUCAGUAAACUCUCAGAGAAGAUCAA